AUGGUCGAUGGUGAUUUUCUCGAUGAGCAAUCAAACGUUGCAUUACUAAGCUCCAAAUCCAUGUGUGAUGGGCAUCACAGCGUCAAGAGCAGCAUAGGGGAUGAGAUUUUUAAACUACUCACGAAGAUUCUAAAUUCGGAUGAGAAAGCAAGCGGGGAUGUACACACGCUCGUUUCAGGGUCUACGGAUUCAUCAAAUUUUUACCUCGAUAAUGAACCACUGGAAAACAUACUCGCCGUAUUCAUAAUAUCGUUUAUUAUCGUCGUAGUCGGAGUUUUAUUACUUGGGCUGAUCGGCAUGAUAUUCAUAUCAUUCCGGUCAAACAAUAAUAAUGAUAAGAAACUACAAUUUAACGAUGAAGAAAAGCAAGCGACUACUGAAAACCCAUAA